UACAGCAAGGGAUAUCAGCCAACGAACCAUUCCUCUUCACUCCUUUGAUAUCUAUUCUCCAAUUCAUACCCUCCCCGUCUUUGUUUGGUUUCAAAGAUAGAGCAGAGGUUUGGAUUUGAGAUGGAGCAAAGACUUGAUCUCAUCAGCGGCUUGCCGCACGAUGUUCUGCUGCUCAUUGUUUCAAUGAUCCCCUUAAAAGAAGCAAUCCGAACUGCCAUCCUUUCGAAUGCAUGGAGAAGCUUGUGGACACCAUCCCAAGUAAAAUUGGAGCUGGGCUCUGCCCAUGAUCGGUCUGCUCGGGAGAAGAUAAGCCAAAUCAUCGGUGCAUUUUCCAUGUGCUAUGAUUAUCCCGAGAAGCUAAAACUGUGUCUUCACUCUGUCGAUCACACCAAGCAAAGAGCGGAGUAUCCUAGAUUUGAAGACGAAUCAUUUGCUAUCGUCACGAAAGGGGCUCAGGGAGAGCUCCAUUUUGAUUGCUCCGGAGGACGAGAAAAGUGGAAUAGUACUGAGUUCAAUCUAAUUCUUGAAACAGGUCGUGUGAUUUGUCCAAGAUUUUCUUAUAUCAAGAGUCUACAGCUUAGAUCUGUCACCCACGUCUCCGGAAAUCUGGCAGCUGAUUUGUUCUCAGGUUGUCAGAUUCUGGAAAGCUUGAGGCUUGAGAAGUGCAGGGGAUUGCGGAAAAUUGACAUCAGCACAAACGAUUGCCUUAAGAGCUUGACAAUAAUGGACUGCUCUAACAUUAAUAGCAUCAAAGUUUCUGCUCCCAGACUCGAAGCCUUCUCCUACGGGGGAAUUCUUCCAAAUAUUGUCCAGCUCAACGGCACACCACAUCUAAAUGAUGCUAUAUUGAACUUCAAGGACGGGUUGAAUUUCAGCGAUUUUCAUUGCGAGGAUGUUUUGAAUCUUCUAUCCUCUAUCAGGGAUGUAGAAACGCUAACUAUUAGCGGGUGGCUUCUUGAGUGGUUGUGCACUGCGGGGGUUAUUUUCGGACGACUGGAAUUCAAGUUCAGCAAGUUGAAGGAGUUGGUGUGGAUCGACUCUGUAAUGGACGCAAGGAAGCGGGAUUCCUUGGCUUGCUUCUUGAACAUGACGCCCAGCUUGGAGAGACUUUUUGUCAAGAAUUUCUUGCCUGUGAAAAUGAAACGCAGAUUGACAGGGAUUGCAGUCCAAUCCCAAGUCCAUUUUUUCAAGAAUAUUGGCACGAGCCUCAUUUGUGCAGAUCGGGAAAUGAACAGUGACAGCGACAGUGAUAGGAUCGAGGGACCUCCCCCACUGAUUCGGUUUCAGAUGGUCAGAGGUGGACCCCCCUACGGUGGUCACCUGCCAGGUGGGUUAGGACAUGCCCGUGCCAAUAGCUCGAGCAGAGAGGGAGGUAAUGAGGGCCACAUAGAGGCACAAGUUGCCAAGAUUCAGGAGUUGGAAAUUAGGGUUCUCGAGGAGUAUCAGAGGGUUGACACCUCUCACGCUCAGCUUCAGGCGAUCAAUGGGCGUCUUAUUCGAGUUGUAGAAGAGGUGAGAGACCGUGUGGACAGUAUUCUAGUGGAGUAUGGGACCAUGGCCGAUCACAUAAAGGAGGUCAUGGGUGGAGGAGGAGCUGGGGAUACUACCUCUAGUGAUGAGGAGGAGAUAGGGCCCAUGGAGGUGGAGCCCGAGGAGGAUCCUUCUGAGAAUGUGGGAUCUACUAGCUCGAUCCAGUUACACUAG